CAAACUCUCUGACUCCUUCCACCACUAAUCUUCCCCCCUCUUUUUAUCCUGCACAUCUUCCUCCCGCCCCCCAACUGGGCUUUCCUUCAUCCCCGGCGAAAAUGGGCAAGGGCGGCAGUCUCAGCAACAGCGUCAUCAAGAAGAUCUUCCUCUCCUACACCUAUGUCGCCAUCUGGAUCUUCCUCAGUUUUACUGUCAUCGUCUACAACAAGUACAUCCUCGAUAAGAAGAUGUACAAUUGGCCCUUCCCGAUCUCCCUCACCAUGAUCCACAUGUCCUUCUGCGCCACCCUCGCUUUUCUUCUCAUCAAAGUUUUCAAAUUCGUCGAGCCCGUCUCCAUGUCUCGCGAAGUCUAUCUCUCAUCCGUCGUCCCCAUCGGAGCGCUGUACUCUCUCAGUUUAUGGCUCUCCAAUUCUGCGUACAUUUACCUCUCCGUGUCGUUUAUCCAGAUGCUUAAGGCUCUGAUGCCCGUCGCGGUAUAUUCCAUCGGGGUGCUUUUCAAGAAGGAGAGUUUCAAGAGCGAGACCAUGAUUAAUAUGCUCUCGAUCUCGUUUGGGGUGGCUGUUGCGGCUUAUGGGGAGGCCAGAUUCGACUCCUGGGGGGUGAUAUUGCAGUUGGGUGCUGUUGCUUUUGAGGCAACCAGGUUGGUCAUGAUCCAAAUCUUGCUCACUUCUAAAGGGAUCACCUUGAAUCCCAUUACUUCUCUGUACCAUGUUGCGCCCUGCUGCUUUGUUUUCUUGUUGGUGCCUUGGAUUUUUGUUGAAUUCCCUGUUUUGAAGGAGACUUCGAGUUUCCAUUUCGAUUUCGUGAUCUUCGGGACCAAUUCCUUGUGUGCUUUUGCUCUGAAUCUGGCUGUGUUCCUGCUUGUUGGGAAGACUUCUGCCCUGACCAUGAAUGUAGCUGGUGUGGUGAAGGAUUGGCUGUUGAUCGCGUUCUCUUGGUCUGUUAUUAAGGACACCGUCACACCCAUCAACUUGUUCGGAUAUGGGCUUGCAUUCUUGGGUGUUGCAUACUAUAACCAUUCAAAGUUGCAGGCUUUGAAGGCCAAAGAUACACAGAAGAAGGCUAAUCCGGCUGAUGAGGAAUCUGGGAGGUUGUUGGAAGAGAGGGAACUCAGGGAAGGAGAAGGAACUGGCAAGAAGAGUGAGUCACAGAAUUAGAUCUAGGGUUAAUGUAGGAAAUGAAUGGGGAAGAGAGAAUGGAAAUAAGAUCAGAAAGGAAAGGAAGAGAUUGGUUGGUGAUUAAAAGGGCUUAAAUUUAGGGCAAAAGAGAUUGAUGGUAUCAGAUUUCUUUUGCUCUUUGGCUUCAUUUUGGGUUUAGGUAUUCUGUUUUAGGCUUUCAUUUGGUAUGUUAGUUAAUUGUGGCCGUUCUUUAGUAAUACUAGGUGUCUGAGAUUCACAUCUGUUGCUUAUUGCUGAUUUCUGUAUUUUAGUAGAGCAAAGAAUCUCAGAUGCCCUGUAUUUCUGUCAUCUUUUUUAUUACUAUUUUUGGUUCUUAUUUUUGAUCCUUUGACUGCUGGUGUUUCUGUUGGUACUCCUUCCAUUGAUGGAGUUUGAAAGCUUAUUUAAUCUUUAUAUCAAUAUAUCAUAUGUUUAUUU